GUCUCUUGAUCUCAAUUUUCAUGAAGUGCCUUUAAAUUCUCUAAACCCUAGAUUUCAAUUUUCCAUUUCUGCUGGAGUUAGGGUUCCACUUCUCAAUGUGGGUUGUAUUUUCUUAGAGAGUUUGAAUUUCAAUGGACGAGGUGAGGAAGAGAUACGGAGUCGGAUACGCUUUGGCACCGAAAAAGGAAGCCAGUUUCGUUCAGUAUUCCCUUGUUAAUCUUGCGAAAGACAAAGGAAUCGAUCUCAUUAGGAUCGACCCCAACAAGCCAUUAAUCGAUCAAGGACCUUUUGAUUGUGUUCUCCACAAAUUGUACGGUCAGGAUUGGAAAAAUCAGCUGGAAGAGUACUCUUCGAAAAACCCCAAUGUCCUCAUUAUUGAUGAUCCCGAGGCAAUCGAGAGAUUGCGUAGUCGGAUUUCGAUGCUUGAUGUAGUGAAGGAGUUGGAAAUUGAGAACAAAACGGCUUCAUUUGGGAUUCCGAAGCAGAUUGUGAUAUACGAGUCGAAAAAGGUGUCGGAAUUGGAGAUUGAGAGGGAGGGGUUGAGGUUUCCGGUCAUAGCGAAGCCGUUGGUGGCGGAUGGGAGCGCCACAUCGCACAUAAUGUCGUUGCUUUUCAACAAUGAUGGGUUGAAUAAGCUGAAACCCCCAAUUGUUUUGCAGGAAUUUGUGAACCAUGGGGGUGUGAUUUUCAAGGUGUAUGUGGUGGGUGAGUAUGUGCAAUGUGUGAAGAGAAAGUCGUUACCGGACGUGAGGAAGAGAUACGGAGUCGGAUACGCUUUGGCACCGAAAAAGGAAGCCAGUUUCGUUCAGUAUUCCCUUGUUAAUCUUGCGAAAGACAAAGGAAUCGAUCUCAUUAGGAUCGACCCCAACAAGCCAUUAAUCGAUCAAGGACCUUUUGAUUGUGUUCUCCACAAAUUGUACGGUCAGGAUUGGAAAAAUCAGCUGGAAGAGUACUCUUCGAAAAACCCCAAUGUCCUCAUUAUUGAUGAUCCCGAGGCAAUCGAGAGAUUGCGUAGUCGGAUUUCGAUGCUUGAUGUAGUGAAGGAGUUGGAAAUUGAGAACAAAACGGCUUCAUUUGGGAUUCCGAAGCAGAUUGUGAUAUACGAGUCGAAAAAGGUGUCGGAAUUGGAGAUUGAGAGGGAGGGGUUGAGGUUUCCGGUCAUAGCGAAGCCGUUGGUGGCGGAUGGGAGCGCCACAUCGCACAUAAUGUCGUUGCUUUUCAACAAUGAUGGGUUGAAUAAGCUGAAACCCCCAAUUGUUUUGCAGGAAUUUGUGAACCAUGGGGGUGUGAUUUUCAAGGUGUAUGUGGUGGGUGAGUAUGUGCAAUGUGUGAAGAGAAAGUCGUUACCGGACGUGACCGAAGAGAAAUUACGAACUUUGGAGGGUUCUCUGUCGUUCUCGCAAAUUUCGAAUCUGAAUUGCAAUGAGAAAAUGGAUGAUCAGUACUAUGAAAUGAUGAAUUCGGAAGAUGCAGACAUGCCCCCGAUGAGUUUUAUUGUUGAUAUUGCGAAUGGGUUGAGAAAGGCGAUGAAAUUGCAUUUCUUUAACUUUGGUGUUAUUAGGGACAACAGGGUUGGGAAUAUGUACCUUGUGAUUGACAUCAACUAUUUCCCCGGGUACGCAAAGAUGCCUGGUUAUGAAAGCGUGUUAACAGACUUUUUCUUGGAUGUUUUGAAUAAGAAAGAGAAGGAUUGCGAGAGUAGAAAGGUGGGUGGUUGUGAGAAAGAAGAGAGUAAAUUGGUGGGGAAUAAUGGUUGUGGUGAGGAUGAUGUGGGGCUUCCAGUUUAACCUUGCUAAUAGGAAAGAAAAGGAUAGCCUAAUUCAAACCUAAUGAAGUGUAGCUUGUGGAGUUCAUUGGCCGAGAUUUGGUUGCUCAAGUGUGGUGAUCCUGCUUUCUGUUUCUGGGUUAAAGCGAUUUGCACUGCGCUCAUUUCUUUCAGAUAGGCAGUUAAAAACAGUGAUGAAUAAGUAGGUUCGUGGCUUUGAUUUCUGCCGCCUAAGGGCAUUAAAAGUUGUUCCUUGUUGACCAUGUAAAAUCCAAUCUUUGCUUUGGAGAUAGUGUUUUUGCUUUGCAGAUUGGUACUUCUCAAACACUGAAGUCUUUAGGACUUUGAGGUAGUUCUCGCCUCAUUUCGUUGUCUAGAAACUGUUCUAAUGUGCCUUUGGAAUUUUGGAUCGAUUUAUUUUGCAUCUUGCCAAUGAUAAUUCCAGUUUUUUUCUCUUCA